CAUCAUUUGCCGGAACGUGUCUGUACAGUCGGACGUAUUUAUUUUAUACUCAUUUCUCUAGAUCGUUGUGUACAUUUAAUUAUAAAUAAUGACUUCCCUCACAAAAGGAAUUUUCAUUGUUGCUGCAAAACGUACACCUUAUGGAAAAAUGGGUGGAGCUUUUGUUAACAAGAGCAUAACAGAUUUAUCUGUAGUCGCUGCUAAUGCAGCUCUCAAAUCUGCUAAUCUUAAUCCUGAGCUAAUAGAUAAUGUAGUGUUUGGAAAUGUAUUUCCACUUUCUUCUGCUGAUGGAGCAUUUCUUGCUAGACAUGUUCUAUUGAAAUGUGGUAUUCCUAUAGAAAAACCAGCUUUAGGUGUCAACAGACUGUGUGGAUCUGGUUUCCAAUCUAUCGUUACUGGUGCGCAAAGUCUUAUGAUAGGAGAAUCUAAAAUAGUCAUGACUGGAGGAGCUGAGAACAUGAGCCAGAUUCCAUUUGCAGUUCGGAAUGUACGUUUUGGUACAGCUCUGGGUGUGGAUUACAAAUUUGAAGAUGUUAUGUGGUCUGGAUUGCUAGAUAGUCACUGUGGUCUUCCUAUGGGUAUGACAGCUGAGAAACUUGGUGCUCAAUUCAAUCUUACAAGAGAGGAAGUUGACAAGUUUGGUCUUUCUAGUCAGCAAAGAUGGAAGGCUGCUAAUGAUGCUGGUUAUUUCAAGGCUGAAAUGGCACCUGUUACACUCAAGUUAAAGAAGCAAGAAGUGACUAUGGAAGUUGAUGAGCAUCCUAGACCUCAAGCGAAAAUUGAGGACUUUACAAAACUGCCCUCCAUAUUCAAAAAAGAUGGUUUGGUGACUGCUGGAACUGCGUCUGGUAUUUGCGAUGGAGCUGGUGUAGUUAUUUUAGCUAGUGAAGAAGCUAUCAAGACUCAUGGACUAAAGCCUUUGGCGCGUUUGGUUGGUUUUAGUACUGUUGGUGUUGAUCCAAGUAUUAUGGGAAUUGGACCAUCUCCAGCAAUCAAAAACUUGCUCAAGGUUACUGGUAAAACGUUGAAUGACAUUGAAUUGGUUGAGAUUAAUGAAGCCUUUGGAGCACAGACUUUAGCUUGUGCCAAGGAUUUGCAAUUAGAUCUCAACAAACUUAAUGUGAAUGGUGGUGCUAUCGCUCUUGGACAUCCCGUUGGAGCUUCUGGUUCUCGAAUUACGUCUCACCUUGUUCAUGAGCUGAGAAGAAGGAAUGCUGGAAAACUUGGAAUUGGAUCAGCUUGCAUUGGUGGAGGUCAAGGUAUCGCCGUCAUGGUUGAAGCUUUGUAAACAACGAGAAAAUUACGUUAAGUUUUGAACAUUUUAGCUUUUAUUACAUUUUUAAUCAAUGCAAUGAAAAAAGUUUGUGAUAAGAAUCGAUAAUCAUAUGUUUUAAACAAAACAAUUUUAUCAAAAUUUGUACAGACAUGCGUAAAUAAGUUCUAUUUUUAUACACAUGUUAAAAUAUUUUAUAAGAAUUAAUACAAGAAUAUACAUCACUGAAUUUUUAAGAAAAAAGAA